AGGCUGGGGCGGCCAGUAGAGGCCUGGCGCGGAUGGGGGGCAGACUUCCAUCAAGUUAAGCCCCCUCAAAAGGGAAGAGCAUGCUCGGGAGGAGAGAGGCCGAGGGUUGUAUGGUCCAGGCCUCCAUGAGGAGCCCAAACAUGGAGACGUUCAAGCAGCAGAAGGUGGAGGACUUUUAUGACAUCGGAGAGGAGCUGGGGAGUGGCCAGUUUGCUAUCGUGAAGAAGUGCCGGGAGAAGAGCACAGGACUGGAGUAUGCGGCCAAGUUCAUCAAGAAGCGACAGAGCCGGGCCAGCCGGCGGGGUGUGUGCCGAGAAGAGAUCCAGCGGGAGGUGAGCAUCCUGCGGCAGGUGCUGCACCCCAACAUCAUCACGCUGCACGACGUCUACGAGAACCGCACCGAUGUGGUGCUCAUCCUCGAGCUAGUGUCUGGUGGAGAGCUGUUUGAUUUCCUGGCCCAGAAGGAGUCGCUGAGUGAGGAGGAAGCCACCAGCUUCAUUAAGCAGAUCCUGGAUGGGGUGAACUACCUUCAUACAAAGAAAAUUGCUCACUUUGAUCUUAAGCCAGAAAACAUUAUGUUAUUAGACAAGAAUAUUCCCAUUCCACACAUCAAGCUGAUUGAUUUUGGCCUGGCUCACGAAAUAGAAGAUGGAGUUGAAUUUAAGAACAUUUUUGGGACACCAGAAUUUGUUGCUCCAGAAAUCGUGAACUAUGAGCCCCUGGGGCUCGAGGCUGACAUGUGGAGCAUCGGUGUUAUCACCUACAUCCUCCUCAGUGGAGCAUCCCCUUUUCUGGGAGACACAAAGCAGGAAACACUGGCAAAUAUCACAGCAGUGAGUUAUGACUUCGAUGAGGAAUUCUUCAGCCAGACUAGCGAAUUGGCCAAGGACUUCAUUCGGAAGCUUCUGGUUAAAGAGACCCGGAAACGGCUCACCAUCCAAGAGGCUCUCAGGCAUCCCUGGAUCACGCCGGUGGACAACCAGCAAGCCAUGGUGCGCAGGGAGUCCCUGGUCAACCUGGAGAACUUCAAGAAGCAGUAUGUCCGCAGGAGGUGGAAGCUGUCCUUCAGCAUCGUGUCCUUGUGCAAUCACCUCACUCGCUCCCUGAUGAAAAAGGUGCACCUGAGGCCAAAUGAGGACCUGAGGAAUUGUGAGAGUGACACUGAGGAGGACAUCACCAAGAGGAAAGCCCUCCACCCUAGGAGGAGGAGCAGUACCUCCUAACUUGGCUGGACUUGCAGUGGCUGCCAGGGAGGUCCAGGCCCAGCGGGGCUCCCUUCUGUGCAGACUCUUGGACCCAGCUCAUCACCAGCAGCCAGGCGUUCCACAUUCCUGAGCACUUUGCAAGAGAGGGGCCUGCAGGAUUCAGAAAAAUUUGCAGGGGAGCCAGGAGACCCUGGGAGUUCUGGCUCUCUCCUGUGGAGGAGGCUCCAGCACUUCCAAAGCUCUUAAUUCUUCAUGAAACUGGCUUUUAUCUGUCUGCCAAUCUCAGAAUCUGGGCAGGGGUGUGAACUUCGGGAAAUGAUGUAAAACAUCAUCUUCAUCCCGGCAUGAAGGUCAGACUCAGGCAGCUCUCCUCACAGGGUGAGGGAGUUCAGAACCAGCCUGGUCAGAAAUCACACCAGGAAGACAGAGACCUCCCACUAAGGGAACAGUGAAGAGAAUCUUGGAAUAUGAGGGACCAAUCCGUGACCUCCUAGAACCCACUGGAAUCAGCAUACCAGAGUGACCAACAUACUAGACCUUCUAGAACAACCAUUGUCAGCCCACUGUGCUGUAAUAUUUUUCAUUUUUAUUAAACUUUUGGUUUAUCUGA